UAACAGGAUAAGUUCUGAUAAUGAAAUUGGAAAUACAUACGUAUUUACGUACAUAGGCUCUGUUUAGUAUUACCAUAAUACAACUAAUUAUCUACUGGCUGUAUAAAGUAUAAUAAAAAUAUCACAAAAUGGUGAAUUUUAAAAAGUUACAAGUAUAUUGGAUUUCCAUUGUUCUUUUACCUGCAUUCGUUAAAAGUAUUUCCUUAGAUAGUACCGGAUCUUAUAAAUUAGUGGUAGCAAUUGACGAAAAAACUGCACAAAAUACAAUAACUGGAUACGUCGAGAAUAUCAAAAUCGGAAUUCAAGCUUUAUCAGAAGCACUGUAUUCGUCGACAGACUCCAAAUUUUCUAUUCAAGACGUGGACAUUGUUGUUCCGAGCCAUUGGGAUACAGCUCACGACAGCGCUGCGACAACACAAUACUAUCAAGCAGCCGAUGUAAAAAUUUCACACGUACACCCUGUACCAUCUGCAGAUAACCCAAAUCCAUGUGGACGACCAGGAUCUGCAAUUCUCUUGCCUUACAAUUUCUUUGAUGAUCCUCAAAACUCAACAUUUGGAGAUAUUGGGAAAGCUCUGCUGACACAGUUUGCCCGAUUACGAUUUGGAGUUUGGGAAGAGCACGGCUUUCCUGGAGAUGUGAAAUUUCCAUAUUUCCACAAAACUCUGACGGGAAGUGAUUGGGAAGUAAAUUCUUGCACUGAUGCUCCGAUUUCCGGAGAUUUUAAAAAUAUUGAGGAUGACAGCGACUGUUCUCCCACGCCAGGCGAUGAAUAUCCACCAGUUAGUCAAUGCAGAUUUCUACCUUCAGGCGAGCAAACAGCAAAAUCGUCCAUAAUGAGUUAUCAUUACUUGGAAAGUGUUGACAAGUUUUGUGACGCCACGACGCAUGAUAAGCAGAAACCCACACCUCAAAAUCUUUUUUGUCGAUACAAAAGUAUAACGGAGAUAAUUCAGCAAACUAGUGACUGGAAGCAGGCAACUCAACCAAACAAUCCAAGUCCAGUGGUCUUCAAAGUUGUGAAAAAUUCAGCAUCACCUUUACUCUAUUUUUUACUGGAUGGAGGAAUUAGUCCGGUUCCUUCCGACGUAUUAUCGCAGAUUUCAUCUACACUGAUAAAUUUAGUGGGAGAUUAUACAUUGGAAAACGUCUUGGCCGCAGUCGGGACUUAUCCACCUAAUCUGGGGGAUGAUUUCGUUACCGAGGUUGUGCCUUGGACCCCAUUCAGAGAUGGGCGAGAUCAGUUUAUUGUUGCGUUUAAUACGACAUUUGGGAGGAAACCAGGAUUUAAGGAUCUUGGAGGAGGGCUCAAGGAAGCUGUUCGCAUUGUGACGGCAAAGAAGCAUCCUAGUGGAGCUGUAAUUCUAAUGGUAAAGACAGGAACAGAACCAAACACUGCUGAUCUAACUCCCGAAAGUGACGUGCUUACUCAAGUAUUAGGAUCCAAAGUGAAAAUACACGCAAUAGAAAUUCAAGGGAGUGACAUUCAACCUUCAAUUGCGCUUGAACGUGUCGUUUCAAAGUCAGAAGGGAUUCAUUUUUCUGUAACUCCAACGACAGAUUUGAUGGAGGAGCUUGGCGAAUUUAUGAAAAAUCUGACAACUGAGAUUCAAAGUGAAAUUAAAUUCAACCAAGAAUACGUACUGGUUCGUCGAGAUAUUAUCAAUCAAAAUGAACCAGUGGAUUUAAAAGUUAACUCCAGAAUCAGACUAUUUGAAGCGUUCGUAAUUCCUUUAAGUGGAAUGAUAACGGGCUCUCCGAGGUUUACAUGGACUAACAAUGGAAAUCAUCCUGACGUAAUGUUCGCAGAAAUGGCCCAGUGGGGCACAACCUACACCUCUAAUGUGGCCAAAGUCUAUUAUUCCGCUUCUCGUAUAGCAACAGUUUAUCCGAAUAUAUUGUGGGACCAAUUCCAAUAUACUUGCAAUGACACUCAAGGGGAAUGUCGGAUGCUGGUUUACAUCUUUGCUCAGGCUGUGGACAUAACGACAAUUCCUUCAGUAGAGCUUAGUAUUUCAACCUCUGCUGAGAAUAAUGUGGUCGAUAUGACGUUUGAAAAUUCCGGCUCAAACUUAGGAACGCCAUUUGCAAUAUACGCACAGCUAAGUCAAGACAGACUUCCUUUAAUGUCAUCUGCCCAUGGAUUUGACGUAUUUGCGUAUGUCACCCACGUGGACAAUUCGGAAGUUUACGUAAUUAGGCUAACGGAUGACGGACUUGCCGUUCCUGAUUUAUCAAGGGAUGACGGUAUUUUCUCGGGGACCUUCAUCCCCAAGUCUGACGGUUUACACAACAUUAUCGUCACUGCACAGUACAGAGUACCACCAACGACAACUAAUGCUCUGAACAUGUCAAACCCAGAAAUAUCGUCAUCAGUGGGCAAACUAUUUCCUGUUGAUCAGAUUUAUUUUGGAUGUGGGCAAUUUGGUUGUUCGUCCAUCAGACCAACGGUAGAUUUUAUUGUAAGCCAAACUCUUCCGAUGGUUGAGUUUAAAAAUGUCGACAAAUUCAAGCCCAUUGCUCACAGAGUGAUUGAUUUCUCUGCAACUCCUCUGGAUGACUUUAAAAUAUUAUUGGAGUGGACGGUCCCUGGCGUUUAUUUGGCUGAGGAAGGAUUGGUAAACGUCGACUCCUACAGUAUCAAACAGUCUGAUGAUUUUUUUGAACUUUUGAACAAUUUCGACAACGCGGAAUAUCUCAUUCCGCCGGAUGAAAUUCCACCACCAGGAGAUGCAUGGAAUCACCAAAGCAUUACUUUUACUUAUGGGGAACACGCGGAUAGAUAUUUUGCUCUUAAAGCUAAAACAUUACGCUCUGGACCUAAUCCCCUUCCAUCCGUUGUAUCCGUGAUAACUGGGGCGAACGUAAGAAGCACAGUAAUUACGACCACAACGACGACAACCACAAGCAGGCCGAUAACAACGUCCAGGACUCCAGCCCCGCCGACAAGACCGCCUGGAACAACUACGGCUUCGACUACUGAAGGGGUUACGACGGAAAGCGUCGCCACUUCUCCCAAAACGUCGACACGGGCACCGACCACUCCGCGGACGACAACUCCACCCACAACACCGCUAAAAUCCACUCCUUCUCCAUUUCCCAGUUCUACCGCAGAACCGACAAAACAUUGGUUUGAAACGAGGGAGGGGAUCAUUACUAUUUCCGUCUUUGGGGGAGCGCUUCUCACCUUGAUUGUGCUUGGAGGAGGAUUUUACAUUUGGAUUACAAAAUAUAGAUAAUGACGCAUACAAAUAUUGAGACUUUUCAUUCGUUAUUUAUUUUCAGACUGAAAAGUAGAUAAAAAAGCUACAAUUAUAUACGUUUCUCACUCGCAAUUUUUGUGCUAACUAAUUAUUUCGUGUAAAUAAAAAUGCAAAGUUCUUGGAA